AUGGCUGUCUCUUCCUAUGCUGCAUCUAAUCUUCUGGCACAAGUCCAGGGCCAGACGAUGUAUGUGCCACCUCUUGAUUGUCUUUAUUCUCAUUGGAAUCAAGGGGUCAACCCACUUGUAGAGGAAAUACGGCCUCUUGUUGAAGAGCUUCUGGUGCGGUAUGCCCCCCAAAAGGAAGAUCUGGACCACGUUCGAGCCUCUGCAUAUUGUCUUUUCGCAGCUACAUGGUAUCCAGACUGCGAUUUGCAGCGACUGCAGUUUGCCGUCAUAUAUGCAAUCUUUCUUUUCUUUUGGGAUGACAAUAUGGAUCGUGAAGAAGGAUCUUCUCAUCGAGAAUUGACCUACAAUAUCAAUCUUGGUACCCAGUACCGCUCCGAAGCCAAGGCAUAUGUCAAUUGGCAUCUAGGUUUCGAAGCCAACGGUUGUCCUGAGCCGGAAUACCGGAAUCCUCAACUCGAGAUGUUUGGCAUGGCGGCAAAAAUCUUGAGGAAAAUGACAGAUAAGGAUACUUUGAGUCGUUUCCGGGAUCACCUGUUCUUUUUCAUCUUGGGGCUUAGCUUUCCCAAAGCGUUGUUGGACUCACGGGAGAUGUUGGACUGUUGGACCGAAGUAAACAAGAACAUUAUCUUGUACGUGCUGAAAUUUGAUCGAAUAUCUUUGGACUUGCUGAUUGACUUUUCAUAUAGCGAAAAUGAUCUUCUCUCAUUUAAGAAGGAAGUGGCUGAUGGAGCAACGACUACCUUGAUUCCAGUCCUCAUGAACGAGCACUGCAUCUCCAUGAACGAAGCUGUAGCCCUGUCAGUUGCAGGGCUUGCUGAGUGCUGCAAGAGAUUUGACAUGGCCGCUGCCGCCCUGAGGAAACGGGCGAUGGAGUUUGACAUCAACGUUCAAAAUGAUGUUGGACGACUAGUUAGAUGUUUCGAGACUAUGCAGAGCGGGUGCUAUAACUGGAGCAAGAAGACCGACCGCUAUGGUGUAGGGCCAUACCGUAAAGAGGAUGGUUCUCUCCAGUUCCAGCUGUGA